AUGGCAGGUGCAACGCUUCGGAAUAUCAUCGUCGUUGGAGGCUCCUUCGUGGGGCGGUCUACCGCUCAGGAGCUUUCAAAGAUCAUCCCACCGACUCACAGAGUUCUCCUAGCAGAGGCUCACAGCCAUUUCCACCAUCUUUUCACGUUCCCUCGAUUUGCUAUUGUUCCUGGCCAAGAACAUAAAGCUUUCAUUCCAUACAGUGGACUCUUCUCAAGCGCAACGAAUCCCGCUGCCCAUGACGUAGUCCAAGCGCGUGUCACAUCCAUCCAAAAAGAUUAUAUCGAGCUUGAUCGCGAGUGGCAGGGCUCAAAACAGAUUCCUUUCGAUUAUGUUGUUGUCGCGACUGGAACUCGGCUCUCAAAGCCUGCCGCUAUGGAGCACGACGAUAAGCAGUCCUCUGUUGAGUAUUUGCAAAAGCACCAAGCCGAUGUCAAGCGAUCAAAAUCUAUUCUCAUCGUUGGAGGUGGCGCGGUUGGUGUCCAAAUGGCGACUGACCUUAAAGAGUACUACCCGGAGAAGGAGGUGACGGUUGUCCAGUCACGGCCUCGCGUUAUGCCGAACUUUCACCCUCGACUGCACGAAAUUAUUGAGAAGCGGUUCGAGGAAUUGGGAAUCCGACUGAUCACUGGAUCUCGUGUGAAGAUUCCUCCCUCUGGUGGCUUCCCUAACGACGGAACUACGUUCGAUGUGGAGCUCAUGAACGGCACUACAGAAUCGACCCAGUUAGUGAUUUUAGCAACGGGACAAACCCCUAACAACCAACUAGUCGCUCAUUUGGAACCUUCGGUGAUCAACCCAGAUAAUGGAUUUAUUCGGGUCCGACCAACGAUGCAAUUCCUCAAUGACGAGUACUCAAAUAUGUUUGCCGUUGGAGAUAUUGCCGAUACUGGAGCGCAGAAAGCAGCACGACCGGGUGCUGCCCAGGCUGCCGUGGUUGCAAAGAAUAUCCAGUCUUUGAUCGAGGGGCGGAGUGCAGAGGAACAGUUUGUGAAGGGACCCGGAGCUAUCCACAUUACACUAGGCAUGAAAUACAACAUGAUUUUCCGGAACCCGAACACCGCAGAGGGUCAAACUGAGCCGUCGAUCAAUGAGAAGAAUGAUGGUCAAGAGGACAUGAAUGUAGAGGGCAUGUGGCAACGAAUGGGAAUUACGGUUGACAACCCUCGUCAAUAUCAUCUCUAG